AUGGAGAACCAACUGUUUCAAUUGAAGUUCACUGCCAAGACAUUGGAGAGACAAUCAAAGAAGUCGGAACAGAGCGAGAAGGCACAAAAGUUAAAGCUGAAGAAGGCCAUUGAGCAGGGUAAUAUGGAGGGUGCAAAGAUAUACGCACAGAAUGCUAUUAGGGAGAAGAACCAAAGUUUGAACUACUUGAGACUGGCAUCAAGAAUAGAUGCCGUGGCAUCACGCGUAGAGACUGCCGUCAGAAUGAAAUCAGUGACAGGCUCAAUGGCCAGCAUUGUAAAGUCGAUGGAGAGGUCGAUGCGCGAGAUGAACCUGGAGAAGAUCACCCAGGUGAUGGACCAGUUCGAGCGACAGUUUGAGGAUCUGGACGUGCAGUCGGUCUACGUGGAGAACGCCAUGAACCAGACCACGACACUAACUACUCCAGCCGACCAGGUCGACCUUCUCAUCUCCCAGGUGGCGGACGAGCAUGGAUUGACCAUGGGCAUGGAGAUGGGUUGUACACCGAAUGAGAAGGUUCAGCAAGUUGAGACAGACGAGUUGACCGAACGACUUAACAGGCUCAAGGAAAGGAACUAA